UCUCCGGAUUUCGGAGAGUUUUCUUUAACUUCAGAAGAGAUGACGACUGAAACUCCGCAGCAGCAUCUGGACCCUCCGGCCUCUAUAAGAUCCAGCCCGGUUCCGGGAGUGCUGAAAUCGGCCUUGAUCAGUCAGCAGUCCCCGGCCAUGGAGCCCUCCAGCUUGGCCAAAGCCAAGAAGACCAGCGGCGGCUUGCGGCGGCCCGAGAAGCCUCCUUACUCUUACAUCGCCCUGAUCGUGAUGGCCAUCCAGAGCUCGCCGACCAAGCGGCUCACCCUGAGCGAGAUCUACCAGUUCCUGCAGACCCGGUUCCCCUUCUUCCGAGGCUCUUACCAGGGGUGGAAGAACUCGGUGCGCCACAACCUUUCGUUGAACGAGUGCUUCAUCAAGUUGCCGAAGGGUCUGGGCAGACCCGGGAAAGGGCAUUACUGGACGAUAGACCCGGCCAGUGAGUUCAUGUUCGAGGAAGGCUCCUUUCGCCGCCGACCCAGAGGGUUCCGCAGGAAGUGCCAGACGCUGAAACCCAUGUACAGGAUGAUGAAUGGCUUAGGCUUCGGCCCCUCUAUUAUCCCGCAGCCCUUCGACUUCCAGGGCCCCGCGGCUUCACUCUCGUGUCACGCCAACAGUUACAACCUGGAGAACAGCCUCAGCAUGAUGAGUAACUCUAUAUCAGGGAGCUACGAUGGACUCAGCAGCGGUCACCACGUCCCCCACAUGUCCCCCAACCCUGGCUCGACUUAUAUGGCCAGCUGCCCCGUGUCUUCAGGCGGGGAGUACGGUCCCGACAGCAGCAGCAGCCCAGUGCCAUCCUCUCCUGUCGUGGCCAGUGCCUUGGAGUGCCAUUCCCCAUAUUCCGCCUCAGCUGCCCCGUGGUCAUCCUCAGGAGGGUCCCCGUACAUUAAACAGCAGAGCCUGGGCCACAUCAACUCCGUCCCUUCCAGCCUUCACUCUAGCAUGUCUUCCUACUCGCUGGAGCAGUCAUACCUGCACCAAAAUACAAGGGACCCCGCAGAAAUUACAGUGGGGCUCCCUCGCUAUCAGACUCACUCCUCGCCUGUAUGUGACAGAAAGGAUUUUGUGCUCAAUUUCAACGGGAUUUCACCUUUCCACCCCUCGGCCAGUGGAUCAUACUAUCAUCACCACCACCAGAGCGUGUGCCAGGACAUCAAGCCUUGUGUGAUGUGA